AUGUGCUAUGAAAAGCACGCAAGAACACAAGUUUCGGCAGACAAUCGCCCGAUCUCCCUCUCUCUCGUUCUCCCUUUGCCUUCCCUUUCCACAACAACGCAUGCAGGACCCGCCGGGGUAAUGUAUGCCGGCAUGGUGUAUGUUUGUGGGGGGGCCCGAAAGGAAAGGUGCCCACGGAGAGAAACAGAGACAGAAACAAGCCGGUUGUCUGUGCGCUUCUCUGGGCCGGUCGUUUUCUCCUCUCUCCAGCAACGCAUUCGGCGAAACAUGAAUAUUUUCACCGGCCGGGGCGCUGUGGUCCGCCAGCUUCUCCACACUUCGCCUUUCGUGUGUGGGCGCGUACCUUCUUCCCCACGCGGUUGCAGCCCAGGCGGUUUCGUUCUUCCGGUCCUCUCUCGGAUAAUAAGCGUGGCAACUGGUUUCUCCAGGUUUCCGCCCAGUGGCACCCAGUGGCGCCCAGUGGCGCCCAGUGGCACGCAGUUGCACUCUGCCGGCUGA